GAUGCCACAUUAAGCAUCGACGCCAAACUCAAAAUAGUCUUUGCCUGGCGCUGUGUAUUUAUAUUGAUGGGAUAAUGGAGCAGUACAAAUUAAUAAACGCUGAAUUGAUGGAUCAGGUGCAGAAGCAACGAAUAACUAUUGGAGAAUUGCGUAAAGUCGAGGUAUACCUCCAAAGGCAGUUGCUAGAAGAACGUGAAAUGCGUUUGGCCGACGCACAGUAUAACGAAAACAAACUGAAGUGCGCACUCAGGACAUUCAUGAACUCCCUAGAUGUGAAUUUGGACGGAAACAGUGAUUAUCCUACAACGCGAACUUCAGCGGCAUCAGAUAAUGUUAGGCACAGCCACUACAGUAGUAGCCAAGCCUGUUCCGUGUUGCGCCGUUCCAGCGCCCUGCUUCAAAGAAGUCUGGCCGUAUCACCUACAAGACGAAGUCGGAGUCGAAGUCUAAGUUCUUGUAGUGUCACUAGCCAUGAGGAAAUCAGAGAGUCGAGUCCUGUAAAAGAAACAUUGGUAAUCGCCAGGAAAACACCAGAACCACGGCACUUGGUAGAGCUGCAGGGAAACAUGGACUCGCCCGAAUUCCUAGAAGCAGGUACAUCAGUUGCUGCUUCACCAGACAAGUUGGUGGUGUCUCCAACGCCAGUCGCUGAUAUGUAUUCUAUUAUUGAAGAGAGCGAUAGUGAGGAUAACACUUUGUCCUUGUCACCUAAAUUGCAUGAGACACAGAAACUAAGGGCCUCGAGCAGCAGCAUGGAGAUCUCCCCGUUGCCUCUGCGCGAUUUGACCAACAAAACAGAUAGUCUGAUUCCCAGUCUAAAGAUCACAAAAGCACAUUGUGUAGCGCCAUCCACGCAAGAUGAGACUGAGAACACUAUGAAAGAUCCAAGCAUAGAGCAUGCAAAAUGUGAUUUCCAGCAAAGUUAUCUUACGGAUAGCCAAAGGAUUACAUCAGCGCACUGUAGAUCAUCGCGUGUCCACAAAAAUGACACUAAGAGCGACAGUCUGGAGCCAAGCAUAGAACACGUAAGACUGGCUGCUCAAACGAGUUCAUCGAUGCAUGUGAUAAUUCAGUGCCCCUCUCCAAAUGCGGGGCCAGCACUAACGCCACGCCGUAGUCAAUUAAACUUUAGCAAUUUCAACGGAAUAUCUAAUCGACCAGGCGAUAGCAGCACACCACGGCGAGAACAAGAAACUACUAAUUGGAUACCUGCCUCUGCAAAGGCGAAACCCAAACGCACAAACAGCACAAAUAGCAGGGCGGAUCAGUCUAGUACUGACUGCUCGUUGUCUGGUCGUCCCAGUCGUAGCUGUCGGCCCAAGUCGCUUAAGGAACCUAAAUUAAAUUCCAAAAUGCGAAAUGAGGCACUAACCAAAUAAUAAUUAGUUUAAUAAUGAUAUUCAAAAAAAUGAGUUCACUUGUAAGCAUUCUGCGUUCCUUAGAGAACCAUCGCCAGGAAGAUACUUUGAAGGAUUUUAUAGCGGUUUACAAAUGUAAAAUAUGUUGAUUAUAAAAUACAUUGGCAAAAGCAAUUAUGCAAACUGUGUCUAA